CGCCCUAGGUGAUGCUAGUGGGUGACUCGGGCGUGGGGAAGACCUGCCUCCUGGUGCGCUUCAAGGACGGGGCCUUCCUGGCAGGGACCUUCAUCUCCACAGUGGGCAUUGACUUCCGGAACAAAGUUCUGGAUGUGGAUGGCAUGAAGGUAAAGCUCCAGAUCUGGGACACGGCUGGCCAGGAGCGGUUCCGCAGUGUCACCCAUGCCUACUACCGCGACGCUCAUGCACUGCUACUGCUCUACGAUGUCUCCAACAAGGCUUCCUUUGACAACAUCCAGGCCUGGCUGAGCGAGAUCCAGGAGCACGCCCACCGCGACGUGGUGCUCAUGCUGCUGGGGAAUAAGGUGGACUCUACCCAGGAGCGUGAGGUGAAGAGGGAGGACGGGGAGAAGCUAGCCAAGGAGUAUGGACUGCCCUUCAUGGAGACCAGCGCAAAGACAGGCCUAAACGUGGACCUGGCCUUCACGGCCAUAGCAAAGGAGCUGAAGCAGCGCUCCACGAUGGUCCCCAGUGAGCCCCGCUUCCAGCUGCACGACUACGUGAAGAAGGAGGGCCGCGGGGGCUCCUGCUGCCGGCCCUGA